AUGUCUGCCAAGGUUAUCGUUGUUGGCGGUGGUCUCUCCGGUCUCUCGGCCGCCCACACCGUUCUUGAGCGUGGUGGUAACGUCCUCCUCCUCGACAAGAACUCGUUCAUGGGUGGAAACUCGACCAAGGCCACCUCUGGAAUCAACGGAUCUGGCACUGCUGCCCAGCAGGAGAACAACAUCCCCGACUCUUCGGCCAAGUUCUUCGCCGACACUAAGAAGUCUGCUCGUGACCUCGCCCGCGACGACCUCAUCAAGGUCCUCACCUACAAGUCGGGCGAUGCCGUCCAGUGGCUCAUUGAGGCCUUCGGCCUCGACCUUUCCAAGGUCUCGCGUCUCGGUGGCCACUCUGAGCCCCGUACCCACCGUGGUGGUGCCCAGUUCCCUGGUAUGACCAUCACCUAUGCCCUGAUGGAGAAGCUCGAGGACAUUGCUGCCGCCGAGCCCGACCGUGCCAAGAUCAUCAAGAAGGCCAAGGUCACCUCGCUCAUCAAGGAGGGUGACGAGGUUGUUGGUGUCAAGUACGAGGUUGACGGCAAGACCCUCGAGGAGCGUGGUGUUGUUGUCCUGGCUACUGGUGGUUACGCCGCCGACUUCUCCUCGGACUCGCUCCUCAAGAAGUACCGCCCCGAGUUCUUCGACCUCCCCACCACCAACGGUGACCACUGCACUGGUGACGGCCACAAGAUGGCCAUGGGUGUCGGUGCCAAGGGUAUCGACCUCGAGAAGGUCCAGGUCCACCCCACUGGUCUCGUCGACCCCAAGGACCCCCAGGCCAAGGUCAAGUUCCUUGCUGCCGAGGCUCUCCGUGGAUGCGGUGGUCUCCUCAUCGACUCGACCGGCCACCGUUUCGUCGACGAGCUCCAGCACCGUGACUUUGUCACCAACAAGAUGUGGGAGAACAACAAGUUCCCCGUCCGCCUUGUCCUCAACUCUGCUGCCCAGAAGGAGAUCGAGUGGCACAUUAAGCACUACGCCGGCCGUGGUCUCAUGAAGCACUACAAGAACGGCUACGACCUCGCCAAGGACAUGGGUGUCGACCCCAAGGUUCUCCAGAAGACCUUUGAGGACCACACCUACUACUCGGAGCACCCCGGCACUGACCCCUUCAACAAGAAGUUCUUCAACAACGCCAAGUACUCCAUGGACGACAACUUUGCCGUCGCCCUCAUGACCCCCGUCCUCCACUACACCAUGGGUGGUCUCGAGAUCGGCACCGACGCUGCCGUCCACGACGCCAACGAGAAGCCUAUCCCCGGUCUCUUCGCCUGUGGUGAGCUCGCCGGUGGUGUCCACGGCGCCAACCGUCUCGGUGGCUCUUCGCUCCUCGGAUGCGUCGUCUUCGGCCGUGUCGCCGGUGGCUCCGCCUCCUCCUACCUCCUCCACGGUCUCUCGAACCAGUCCGCCGCCGGCCGUCUCGGUGCCAUCGGUGACCACCUCCUCGAGACCCGUGUCCGUGUCGACCCCGCCACCAAGUCGGUCAACCUCGAGUUCUCGUUCGGCGGCUCGUCUGGCUCCUCUGCCCCCGCCGUCCAGGCCGCCCCCGCCGCUGCCCCUGCUCCGGCCGCCGCCGCUCCCGCUGAGGAGAAGACCGCCCCCGCCGAGAAGAAGGAGUACACCGCCGAGGAGGUCGCUCAGCACAACAAGGAGAACGACCUCUGGGUCAUCAUCGACGGCCAGGUCCUCGACGUCACCGAGUUCCUCCCCGACCACCCCGGAGGUGUCAAGGCCAUCAUGCUCUACGCUGGCAAGGAUGCCACCGAGGAGUUCGAGAUGGUCCAUCCAGAAGGGGUCCUGAAGAAGUACCUCCCCGAGUCCGCGUACAAGGGCACCGUCAAGGCUUAA